AUGUCCCAGCGGCAUCAGUUGGAGCCCGUAGGGAGCUUGGUCCUUCAGUGGGGCGGCUCCACUCCUGCGCCAGGCUGGGGGGGCGACGGGGGGGGACGACAACGCGGGCGGGUACAGGGUGCAAUUCAGGAUCGCGCCAUCCUCAUGCGAUGGGAUGGGGACCUUCACCCCACCCGAGGCGUCCGUGGGGCACCCCCGGGGUGUUUUGGGGAGCAGGGGUCAGGUGUGCUGCAGGGUGAAGCGAUGGUGCCGCAGACCCCCCAAGGUCUGCGGACGACAGCAGCAGGGGGUGAAGGCACCUUUAUUGGGGGCCCCAAGCCCCCCCAACUAGCCGCAACCCACUCGGGGUGGUGGGAGCACCGCUGCGUCCCCUCCAUCCUCUCAUAUCCAUACCCCUCUCCACCCUCCCGCAUCCCGGCAGGACCCUGUGCCCUCGGUGAUCUCUGUCAUGCCCCCCCCGGGUCCUGGUGCACCCCGUCGCAUCCACUGCGGAAGUGGAGCCGCUCGCUCGGCCCCACCGGAGAAGGCCGUGUGAGGGCUCAGGGGUCCUGGUGUCCGGAGGGGUCCCGGUCUCCGGAGCGUGCACUGGGCGGCCUUGCUGUCACUAUGGUUCCCUGGUGCUCAUCCCGCACCCAGGGAUCCAGCUCCGGCUCCACACCGGGAUCCGUGGGGCCAUCAUCGCCCCCCUCUGGCACCUCGGACCUCACCAGCAGUGAUGACUCCAGCAGUGACUUUGAGGCCACUCUGCGGCCAUGCAGCAAACGGGGACCCCAGCAGGGGCCGAAGCACAGCCAGGUCAGGAAGCGUCCCCGCGUGAUGGAGCCAAACGGUGACCCCAGCAGCACACCCACAGUCAACCCGGAGCCGAGCACCCUCUUUGAAGCCAUUAAAUCGGCCAAAAUCGCCGUGGAG